UAGAAUUUUGAAGUUGAUCGUUUCUCUUCUCCCAUCCAGAACCUGAAGAAUGAAUUGCAUCUACACGCCUAUACACUACGUGACGCCUUAUUUCUCUUCCCUGCACGAGACGCCACUUUCCUCUGCAACCGCCCUUACGUCAUUUCUCUCUCUCUCUCAGCUUGAACACUUGCAUUGAUUGACUUCAAGAUUAUCUUCUUAGUUCUAUGCCAAUGGCAAGAAUAUAAAAUAGACACUGCAAUUGGGUUCUUUUGAUUUGAUUUGAUUUGAUUUUGGAUAACAUGGACCUGCAAUCGGUGAAAAAGGGUCUUCUUGAUUAUACCUGGAAAAGGAAGCGACUGUUUGUUUUGUUGGCUUCUCUUGGUUUCUCUACUUACGCUGCCUGUAGAGUUUAUAACUUACCCUCAAUUGCUCGAAAAAGAAAACGACUUUAUAAGUUUUUAGGGGCUUUAAUUUCUAUAGCAGAAGUUAUUUCUGAUUCUGCUGAAACAGUUGGAGUCAUCUCCAAGGAUUUGAAAGAUUUUCUGCAGUCAGAGUCGGACCAAAUUCCCAAUAGUGUCAAGCAAAUUUCUAAAGUUGCGAGGUCAUCUGAGUUUUCAAAAUCUGUAAUUAGCCUUACGCAAGCUUUAAUUUUGGGAAUUUUGCGAGGUUAUCAAUCCAGUGCAAGAAUUAAUCACGAUGCCAGCGCCAACACCAAUCCAAGUUUCUUGGAUAAGGUUUUUGAUAAGCUUUCUACUCCAGCUGGGUCUGGUUUUGUUUCUGUUGUUGUUGGAAGCUUUGCUAGGAACUUGGUCAUGGCCUUGUAUCAAGAUGGAGCAUCUAGUAGUAGAGAUAUGAAUUCAAAUUCAGAAUUGAAUGGUCCUAUCACCAGUAAUCAUUUUGGUUUGGAAAUGAAUUCUGCCACAGAAUUGGUGGACGUGGUUUGUAGCCACAAGUGUAAAGCACUUAUAGGUGAUUGUAUUCAGUUAUUUGUGAGCACUGCAGUUGCUGUUUAUCUUGACAAGACUAUGCACAUCAACACCUAUGAUGAAAUCUUUGCAGGAUUGACAAAUCCCAAUCACGAAAAUAAAGUGAGAGAUGUAUUAGUAUCAGUAUGCAAUGGUGCUAUUGAGACUCUUGUCAAGACAUCUCAUCAAGUCUUGACAAAUGCUGAUUCUGAAGCAAAUUCAAGGCUGGAAUCUCCAAACUUAGCCAUUGAUAAACAGGAAGGUUCAUCGGAGAAUGAAGAAUCUACAAGCCAAUCGAAAGCAAGAAAGUCGUUUGAUGAAGCUGAGGAUGGUGGAUGGUUUAGAAAAGUGUCAUCUACUUUAGCAGUACCAAGCAAUAGAAGGUUUAUUCUUGAUGUGACUGGGAGGAUUACAUUUGAGACAGUUAGAUCUUUCUUGGAGUUUUUACUGGAGAGACUUUAUGAUGGAAUAAAAAGAUGUGUUUAUGCAGUUCAUGAAGCAAUUGUUGACAGUGGGCUUGGAAUUGUGAGAUACAUUACUGCAAGAUCCUCUGUUAUAGCACCCAUAUGUCUUUCUUUGUUUUUGCACAUAUUGGAUAGUGCUUGGAUUUUGGUGCCUGCUUAAGUCAUUGAACGUUUCUCCUUAAUCAUCAUUUGUCUUUGUUUACUCCUUCACGAACUAAUGUUUGAAGGAUUCUUUUCGUGCAAUCUAAUUUCUUUGUACGGCACCAUUAUACCAA